GGCCGCGGGGGCUGGUCCCCCUCUCCUGGGAUGCGGUGCUCUGGGCUGCUUCGGACGCCCACCUACCCCUGCCCCCUCCCCUGCGGCCCGCUCCCCAGGGCCCGAUUUCCUCCUGCGCCGACCUAGAUCGCUGACGGAGCGAGUGCUCCCCCCGCCGUGCCGGAAGUCGGGAGCAGAGACUGAGUCCGGGAUGGCGGGCCAGGUGUCGAUCGCCUUCCAGGACCUGGCCGUGCGGUUCUCCGAGGACGAGUGGCGGCUGCUGGGGGAGGGCCAGAGGGCGCUCUACCUGGACGUGAUGCGGGAGAACUACGACACGCUGGCCUCCCUGGGGACGGCGGAGCCGCUCCCCCUCUCGGCCUUCCUAUCUCCCUCAGAGCCUGGAGGAGCUGUGGGGGCCCGGAGCCGUGCUGGAGACCGGCAGGAGCCGCCCCAGGGAGGAGGCCCCCUGGGAGGAGCCCCCCAGCACAGCCUGCACCUCAGUGCCCUGGUGCAGCUCGUGCAGGAGAUCCCCGAGUUCCUGUUCGGGGAAGGCAGCCCCGAGAGUAGUGGGGGAGCCAGCCUGGAUGGGGUGGCUGUGAGCUCCCAGGCAGCUGUGACGGAGGAUAUGUGCCCUCUUCGAGACCUGCUCCGCUGCCUUCCAGAUACACCCGUGGGCCUGCUUGGCCUGGCCGCCACGCCCAGCGGCAGCUCGUCCAGCAGCACCCCCGGGGCCAGGGGGCCGGGGAGCCCCCUCCCCAUCAAAACUACCGACAAGCCAAGGCCUGUGGAGGAGGGGAGCCCAGGAGCCCCUGGCCGGGAGCCCAGCCCUGCCACCUGCAGUCAGGGCAGUAGCAAGAGCCGCAGGAAUCCGGAGAGAGGGACCCCGGGGGCAGGAGCUGCGAGCAUCUCUCCUGGGCACAGCCCCUUGCAAGGCCUCAUCAACUGCCUGAAGGAGAUCCUCGAGCCUGGGCCCCAGGGCCCCGAGGGACCACGGAGCUCGCCACCGCCACCCGCCCCCAGCCUGGGUGCCUCCCAGCUGAGCAGGGCAGAGCUGGGGCCUGGGGGCCCUCCCUGGGCCGUGAAGACAGAGGCAGCCUCGGGAGAUUGUCCCCUCCAGGGCCUGCUGAACUGUCUGAAGGAGAUCCCCGAGGCUCGGGACAGGCAUCCCAGCCCCUCAGGAGCCAGUGACCCAUGGCUGCGGGAGGACCCAGGGGCCUGGAAAAGGAAUUCUGGAGGACUCCGACCCCUCCAGACUCCUCCUCCGGGGCCUGGGCCUGGAGCCAGCAGCAUGCUCUCUGCAGUGAAGGUGGAGGAUAGCUGGCCCCAGGGACCCCUGGAGCCCACAUCCUGUCAGCUCAGCAAGCAGCCCCACAGCUCCUCUGCCACCAGCAGCCCCAGGAAUGUCAAAGACAUUGCCCUCGCCCAGGUCCGGAUGCCCAGCUGGGGCCCUGCAGCUCAAGCCGGCAGCGCCUCGAGCUCACCCCUGGAAGCCCUGGAGGCCUGUCUGAAGGGCAUUCCCCUGAGUGGGUCGUUACCUCCCCAGCCACCGGCCAGUUCUUGGUCCCGGAGCCCCCAGCCAGGAGACCCCGGGUCUCAGAGGCCCGAGCUACCGCGCCUUGGACCACACAGCAAAGAUGUGGUCAUAGGGCCUCUCCCGGCUCUGGGCCUGCAGGGCUGCAUGAGAGACAGCCCGGCCCUGCCCCUGGGCUCCCAAGGCACCCCUAGCAGCUUCUCGUCAUCUAGCAGCUCCGACGGGGACCUAGAUUUCCAGAGCCCUGAGCGCAGCCAGGGGCAUCGGCCCGGAAAAGGAAGCCCCGUGGGAAGCUCCCCGCUCCAGGGCCUGGAGAACUGUCUCAGAGAGAUACCUGAGCCCCGGCUGCAGCCUGCCUGGCCCUGCUCCUCAGCUGGAGAUGGAGGGCCACGGCGAGCAGAGCCCAGGAACUGGGCAGCAGGCAUGGAAGGACUGAGGGGCGAGGCCUGUGAACCAGCCCACCUGGGACAGCGUGGGGGUGACGUGCCUGCCAGGAGCCUCCGACUGGCCAGCCCGCAGGCCCUUGCCUCUGGUGCCCUACCCACCUGCUCCCCACGAGGCCCCAGAGACCUCGGGGCAGCCAGGCCAGGACAGUGGAGGUGGCUUCCAGACGGGCCAGCCACCAAGCCUUCCCCGCUCCACUGCCUGGAGAACUCUCUGAAGGGGAUCUUGCCUGGGGGGCCCUUGCGCUUUGCCUGCCUGGCCGGCCUGGGCCCCAGCCCACGCUCCAGCUCCAGCUCGAGCAUCAGCAGCUCAGAAGGAGAAGACCCGAGGCCGGAACCCGAGCUCUGGCAGCACCCCUUGCAGGAGAGGGACCAUCUUCCCAGCAGCAAGGGCCUUGGCACCCUGUCCCCACAACGUGGCGGCCCCCGUGCUGGCUGCAGCCCUGGGGAAGGCUCGAGGAGACGUGAGCCCGGGCAGCGCUGCGAUUUCAGUGCAGCAGGAAAAGCAGAAGAGAAGGUGGGAGGCAGGUCCCAUUCACCCUGGAGAGAGGUGUGCUUGGAGACCCUGGGACCGCCUGGCUCCCUGGGCAGCGCCGGAGGAGGCCAUGUCCAAGUGUCCCCCGUCAGUGUGGCCGUGGCGGAGCCGUGCGUGGCCACACCGGAAAUGCUUUGUGCUCUUCCUGUGCGGUCCGCUGUGCAUCCCUGCCCUGCCGCUCAGCUGGGAAGAAGGCCGGGGCCUGGACCCUGCCAGCCUCCUGGUUUAGCCCAUGGGCCCCAGUCCUGGAAGCCGACGGCCGGUGAAGAGUCCAGGGGCCUGGGGCCUGGGGACGGAAGACCAGGUGUGACAGCCGGGACCGAUGGGGAGCCCCUUCCUGGGGGUGUGCUCCAGCCAGAGCCUGCAGCCGCUGUCCCUGGGGCCUCACCUGGUACCUCCCCGCGGCCGCCGUGCCCCUGUGGGGCUUCCCUGCAACAGGAGCUCCACAGCCUGGGCGCCGCCCUCUCAGAGAAGCUGGACCGGCUAGCUGGGGCCCUGGCCGGCCUGGCUCAGGAGGUGGCUGCCGUGAGGACCCAGGUGGAUCGACUCGGGCGGCGCCCGCGGGGCACGGGGCCCAAGGGACUUCCCCGGGGCCCUCGCUUGUCCAGCGGCCCUGCCCACAGACACCUGCCCUACUGGAGGCACAAGGGCCCCCCCAGGCCAAGACCGAAGAUCCUGCGGGGGGGCCUGGCUGAAGGCUGCAGGGCCGGGGAACUGUCAUCGGGCCUGUCCAGUGGGAGGCUCCGUCGGGUGCCUCUGGACACCCCUUCAGCAGAGCCCCCCGGGCCCGGCUCCAGCCCUCCCUGGCAGUCUCACUCCUCAGCCUGCAGUGGCCCUGCUGUGCAGACUGUACUUCACCCCUUCGGGCACCCCGAGGCCCACCAGAGCCCCCCUCCCCUUUCACUGCCGGCUGCCCUGCCCCCCCAGGUGGCUGCUUCGGUGGGCACUGCAGAGGCAGAACCGCGGGGUGUGGUGGCUGCCCCACCCAGGAUCCCAAGGUGGCCGAAGGAUCCAGGUGGCGUGUUGGUGGGGCUCCAGAGAGCCCUUGAGGGUGAACAGUGGGGUGGAGAGCUCAGGGACCCAGCAUGGGGACCCCCCAGCCGCCACCUUCAUGGACUCAGCCCCACGGAGGGUGCCCCACCUCCAGCCACCUCGCCCCCCUCCAGCAGAACCUUCUCCACAUUGAGGCCGUGAAGGGGCCCCCUGACUCCAGGGUGACCAUUGCUCAGGGAGGCCGCCGUUUGAGGGGGUUGCAUUCCCCAACCAUGCCUCUGGCUUCUUGACUCAGGUUCAUUUAAAUGUUGCUUCCCCCUCUGGCCCUUCUCACUGGAACCGCCAAGGCGGGCGGGAGGGUGGUGUGCGUCCACAUGUGUGUGUGUGCCAUGUGCGGGCACACCACAUGUGCCCGGGGUGCCCCGGGCCGCUGCAGAGGGGCCAUGAGACCACUUCGUCUCAGCACCUGCCAUCCUGACCUCAGCGCUGGGGAGCGUGGUGCCCGUCUUCCUGGUCCACAGGGGCUUAGCUUCCCUUUGAGGCAGAUCUCCACCACCCCCUGGCCGGGGCUGGAUGUACCUGUGUGCAUUCUGAGUUACUGAAGGUGGUUGCCAAGGGGAAGAAAGGCACUCAGAGGGGCCGCAGCAGAGUGUGGCUGUGUGGUUGUCACCAGUACUGGGGACAAGCUGGCUCCUGCCUUCCCGCCUCCUCCGGAGAAUCCAGCAGCCUGCCCGAUGUUAGGGGAAGAAUCCUGCCGACUCCAAGGGAGAGAGCGGCGCAUGUGUUGGCUUCGCGUAAUGACAGUCCACAGCCCAGGAGCCUCCAACAACACACGUUUACAUCCUCCCGGUUCAGAGGCCAGAGGUCCAGGACGCAGGUGUCGGCAGAGUUGGUUCCUUCCAAGUCUGCCCUAGGCCCCUCUGCGGGGCUGGUCGCUGACUGUCCUCGCGUUCCCAGGGCGCUCUCCCUUUGCUCAUGCCCCUCAGUGUCCCUUUUGUCUAAGGACACCAUCCUCACGCCCUCCCUCUAACACGAUCGCUUCCGUAAAGACCUCAUCUCUAAUUCAGGUCUCGUUCGUGGUCCUGGGGUUGUUAGGGUUCCAGUGUGUGAAUCUGGGGACGGGAGUGCACAAUCCAACCCCCGACACACAUGAGGGACCGAGCUCGUCUUGGUCCUGGUGGGAGGAGGGAGCGUCACCGGGCUGCCCUGGGUCCCACCCCUCACUUGGGGCAUCAGGAGUGACCUGCUUGUCAUCACUGCAUUUCCGAUCUUUUUUCCUGAUCUUUCCCCACCAAGCCCUUACCUGAUCUGAGGAAUCCUCGGGACGGUCCACGCACUCUGGGAAGGCCCUGCCCAGUUGUGCUGUCAGGGAACCGGGCGCAGCACUGAGGCCUGAGCCGGCUUGGGACCCAGAGGGGCUGUAGCCACAGUGAGUGCUCAAGGGGGGCCCAUUGGCUGGUUUGCCCAGUGCACCCCUAAAAUCGGGUUUUUGGGGACACGCAGGGCCUGGCCUGUGCUGCUCAUGAUCCCUGUGGAAGGAGCAGGCACUGAUGCCAAUGGCAGGAGAGGCAAGUGCUGGGUAAACAGACCAUCAAAACUGAGUGUUAGAACGUUUCCAGGACUGGAGCAAGUCCCUCGAUGACCGUCUCAGAAGCUAGGUGUAUGAGAUCAUGUAAGUAGGUUGUUUAAACACGCAGCUUUCACAGCUAGCCAUAACUUGAUGAAGAAUAAGGAACAGAAGAGGUCUAGGCCUUCUUCCUAGAAAGAUGAGUCCAGCUGUCUCCAGGCUGUGUAGGGAGUGACGCUGGGCCGUUUCAGAGCCAUUGGAAGGGUCUGAUGGAGUCAGCGCUGUGGACCAGGGGCUCGGGCUGGAAGGAGGAGGGCUUGUCUGGCCCUUUGCUCACCCUCCGUAGCAGGAGUCGGGGUGGCCCGCUGUACACGCCCGUGUGACAUUUUAGGGCUCGGUUUUGUGGGCUUUGCAAAUACCAGCCUUUGCACCACCCUGUGCUGCAGGCACGGAGGAGCACACGGGCUCAGAGAGGGCGAGGGACUUGCUCGGGGAUGCACAGCCUUCCUCCGGCCGAGUUAGAACAGUGCGUGCCCUGAUGCCGCCCAGGCCGGGGGGCUCCCAGUCCAGCUGGACCUUGUGAGAAGUUCAGGUCCUUUUUUAAGAAUGUGGAAAGUCAGCCAUGAAGUGAACGGUGGGAGGUUCCAUGAGCUGCGGCUGUGUUUCCCCCCAGGUCCACUGCCACGUGGACAACACCCCUCCCAAGGCAUGAAUUGAAAAGCCUUCUAGAACCACUGAUCUGGUAGAGAAACCUGUUGGCAGUUUAGGAGUUUGGUCCUGUGUCUGUCUUCAUCUACUUGAUGAGGAAGUGUGGUCACUUUGGUAGGAGAAACCACAGACUGUUGUGAACUCAGGAAUUCCCGGGGGCAGGAGGUGGGGGGCAGAGAACCUUCCCUCCCCGGGCGCUUGCACACAUGAGGGUCCCCUGUGUCCCGACCACCGCUUGUCAGCCCGAGGCCACUGUGAGGCAGGAAAGAGGGAAGGUCCCACCUGGGCGGGUCAAGGCAGGGCCCCACAGCCUCCAGAUGCCCCCUCCAAGGGUCCAGUAGAAUGGGGGCCCUUAGCCCCCUGAGACACCCCCAGACAUCACCACUCUCCGGAAGGAGCUUGUCAGGCAGGCGGACCAGGCUUGCUCUCCACCCUCUUGUGUCCUUGUUUUAGAUGUGGCUUCUGUAAACAGCCUCCUGUUGGAUUUUGUCUUUUAAUCCAACUUGACAAAUUUUAUUCUUUAGUCGGAGCCCUUAAUCCACUUCUGUGUAAUAUUAUUGUUGAUAUACUGAGAUUUGAAUAUACCAUCUUAUUUUUG